AUGGCUUCUCAUGAUGAAAGACGACGCUCGUCUCGAAACUCCAUCUCUUCCAGCGAUGCCGAACUUAUAAGGGACCACUCACGGCGGCUGGGGCUAGCGUCCCCAUCUGCGUCCUCCGCAUCCAGCCAGUUGCUCGACCCAUCCACCGUUGGCGCCCUUUCCUCCCACUUUGACCAAUUGCUAGGGGCAAUAGCGGGGAGGAUUGAGAGUCUGUCGGAGCAAACCCGAAUCUCCACUCAACAAAGCCACCGACAGCACCUAUCCACUGUCGACAAAGCCACAGCCGAAAUCGAAAGAUUCAAAGAAAUACUACAUCAGAUUGACGAGCUCGAGCUCGAAUUCGACCGCAUUCGUCGUAUACAAGAAAUUGUAUCAAACUUCAAAUCACGAGUGGCGACUCUCGAACGAAGACUUGGAAGAUGA